AUGUCUGAUCCCUACAACCAAUACCCCAACCAGUACGGCGCUCCUGGCGGAUACGGAGCGCCGCCUCAGGGCUAUCCUCAGCAGAACAGCCCCUACCCUCAGCAGGGUGGCUAUCCGCCGCAGCAAUCGUACGGUCAGCCUGGCUACGACAACCAGCAGCAGCAGUCCUGGCAGCAGAACCAACAACAAGCCUACGGCUCGUACGGUCCUCCGUCGCACGGUGGCUUCCAGAACGGACAGCAGCCUCCUGCGCAGUACGGCCAGCCUCAAUACGGCCAACCUGGUGGUUACCAAGACCCGAACCGCAGCUAUGAGCAGCAAGGUCCCUCCCAGCAGUUUCCCCAACAGGGCGCUUAUAACCAGAACCCUUACCCCUCGGAUCCCAAUGCCCCUAACUACAACCAAUACGGUGCAUCCGACCCCGCACAUGCCGCCGAGGGUGAUCGUGGUAUGAUGGGAGCUCUGGCCGGUGGUGCCGCUGGUGCAUUUGGCGGCAAGAAGUUCGGAGACCACCCUAUCAUUGGUGGCCUUCUUGGUGCCUUCGUUGGGCACAAGGCCGAAGACAAGUGGAAAACGAGCCACAACAACAACAAUGGCCACGGAAGCGGCAAGUGGUAA